AUGGUAGACGACGCUCAUCAGAAGCUCGCCCUGGGCGUGGUCGUCGCCUUUCCGGUGCUUGGAGGGAUCGCAGUGCUGCUGCGAAUUUGGAGUCGCUACUUGACUCGGUCGCGCUUGGGAGCAGAUGAUAUCCUGAUUGUAGUCGGAUAUAUUCUCGCUAUCGGGCAAUCAAUUACCUCGUGGUAUUACAUCAAGACGAACUACGUGGGGAUCCAUAUCUGGGAUAUCCCAAAAGACUAUGACAUCAAGCAAGGACUCAUUUGGAACUUUGCGAAUCAACUAAUCUACAAUCCUUGCCUGACGAUGGUGAAGCUCUCUAUCCUCAUGUUUCUGCGUCGCCUCGAGUCCCAAUCGCGGCUCGUAAACUCUCUCAUAUGGUCCACCAUGUUCAUUACGGUCGCAUUAUUCAUCGCCGUUCUCUUUGUGGAUAUCUUUCAGUGCAGUCCGGUCGCCUACGUCUAUGACUUUUCUAUCUCAAAAGGAUCGUGCAUCAAUCAGGGGGCGUUCUAUGUGGCGACGGCGGCAACCUACCUCUUCACCGACUUGCUCGUUCUGUCGAUUCCCAUCAUCAUCACCUGGGGGUUACAUAUGCCGCUGAGGAGGAAGGUUGCUGUCUGCGUGGUGCUCUGCAUGGGCGCGGUGGCGACGGGGGUGGGAGUCUGGCGGAUAGUGCUCCUCGCUAAGGGCUUCUUUCCAACUCAUCCCGUGUACGACGCCACAUACUCCAUUGGUUUCUGCAGCUCAGCAGUAGAGGUUCAUGUCGCCGUUCUGGCUGCCUGUGCCCCUUGUCUCAAGGCCAUUGCCAGUACCUACUUGCCUCGUCUGCUGGGCUCAUCACGCCGGGCCACCUACCCGUCAACGGGUCGCCAAUACGUUCCCACAUCCACUACCUCGUACUCUCGUCGAUCCCACGUCAAGAUUUCGGCGGCUCGUGGCGAUGCUUCGGUCGCAUUCGAGAUGGUCACUCCCCAGCUACCGAUUCCAGGGGCUGAAGAGGCCGCGCACAAGAGAGAGAUGCGAAAAUACCACCCCUAUGCGGAAGCAGAUGACACCAGUCUCAGCAGUGAGGACGGCGCACCGACGACAGGCAUUGUAAAGACUACGGCGAUCUCAGUCCGAUACACGGCGGACUCCAACUUGGAAAGUGGCGGGGAAGGGACCAGAGAAGGAAGCGUAGAGCGCUUAGUUUAG